AUGAUGAGCCCCUUCGUCGCUGGUGCGGCCCAGGGCUCUAACUUAGGCAAGGGCCAUUUCGAUGGCGCGACGCUCCGCACUAUCAAGUCUGGAUACUUCGCGGUCGACUACAGCGAGCAUUGGCACUGUCUGAUCCCGAGAGUGUUGGGCUUGCCUAGAUCACUCGCAGCCUCGGCAGUGGAUGAAGAUCAUUCUCUUCCGCAGGACAUUCACUUGAAGGACGAACAGAAUGACGAUCUAAUGGACGAGGUUAGCGAUGCUAUGAAAUCAAUGCAUUGA